AUGUCGCGCGAGCAGUACCAGAUCCCCACCGGCUCGCCAACCAUCGGUGCAGGCUCCGGCACCACCGGCGCAGGCUCCUUCAACGCGUCCGUGGCGCGCGACUACGAGAGCGGCGGCACCAUGCACUACCUGUGCGGCGACUGCGCGGUGCGGGUGCCGCUGGAAAAGGGCGCACCGAUCCGCUGCCAAAAGUGCGGUGCCCGCGUGCUGUACAAGGAGAGGACGAAGAGGAUGGUCCAGUUCGAGGCGCGGUAG